AUGAACCCGCUCAACAAAAUCAUCUUUCUCCUGGCAUUUCUCGCCUUUGGGUUUCUCCUAAUUUUGCUCUCAUGUGCCUUAUACAAUAAUUGGCUCCCGCUUUGGGUCAUUGCCAUUUUUCUCGUGGCGCCGUUGCCGAACAUUGUACUGUCUGCGAUCGAAAGUAACAGAGAUGAUUUUCUUACUUUUAGCAACGACCACGGAAAUGCACCAACGGCGUUGGAAGAAUUUUCCAAGUUCUUCACGGGACUUCUUCUUGUGAGCGGGAUCUCGUUACCCUUAACAUUCUACCACACCAACUUGAUCGGAUUAGGCUCGUUGGUCAUGAGUGUUUUGGGUGGCCUCAUAGUGUACAGUGACAUCAGCGUGUUCAUCUGGUUUUUCAGCGAGAGUGAAGAGGCAAAUGAGGAUUUCAAUUUCUAA